AUGGCUGCAGAAAAUCACUCUACAGUGACCGAGUUCAUUCUCAGGGGAUUGACAAAUCAGCUAGAGCUCCAGCUCCCCCUUUUCUUCCUCUUCCUUGGGAUCUACUUGGUCACCAUGAUAGGGAACCUGGGCAUGUUCACACUGAUCUGUCUGAAUCCUCAGCUUCACACCCCCAUGUACUACUUCCUUAGCAAUCUGUCAUUUGUGGACCUCUGCUACUCCUCUGUCAUUACCCCAAAAAUGUUGGUGAACUUUGUGUCAGAGAAGAACACCAUCUCCUAUGCAGGGUGCAUGUCACAGCUCUACUUCUUCCUUGUGUUUGUCAUUGCCGAGUGUUACAUGCUGACAGUGAUGGCCUAUGACCGCUACGUCGCCAUCUGCAGCCCUUUGCUCUACAAUGUCAUCAUGUGCCGUCAAGUCUGCUCCCGGCUGGUGGCUGUGGUCUAUGCCAUGGGGCUCAUUGGCUCAACAAUAGAGACUGGCCUCAUGUUAAAACUGUCCUAUUGUGAGCUCUUCAUCAGUCACUAUUUCUGUGACAUCCUCCCUCUCAUGAAGCUCUCCUGCUCUAGCACCUAUGAUAUUGAGAUGACAGUCUUCUUUUUAGCUGGAUUCAACAUCAUAGUCACCAGUUUAACAGUCCUUGUUUCCUACGUCUUCAUCCUCUCCAACAUCCUCCGCAUCAGCACCACAGAGGGCAGGUCCAAAGCCUUCAGCACCUGCAGCUCCCACCUUGUGGCUGUGGGGAUGUUCUAUGGAUCUACUGCGUUCAUGUACUUAAAACCCUCCACAGCCAGUUCCCUGGCUCAGGAGAACGUGGCCUCCGUGUUCUACACCACAGUGAUCCCCAUGCUGAAUCCCCUAAUCUACAGCUUGAGGAAUAAGGAGAAUAUCAGGAAGCUUUGGAAGAAAUAAGGACAAGAUGAAUUAAACUUCCUGAGAGGACACACCCAUUUCGAGGUGCCAGAUUGUGAAACUAACUACAGGCAGUGGGAGGCUAAAGAAUUAAGCUGAAAUCCUCUAAAGAGGAUAAUGGAAACUCUCCAGUCUUUCAGAGAUUAAGAGACAAAGACCCAACAGGCUCCCAAUCAAAAACCUGGAAAGAUCAGGCUCUAAGAUUAGAAAAAACUAAGUUGUGGAAUGAAUCUUAUUAAAACUCCAGCGCUG